CCUAACCUUUCAAUGCCAGAAACUUUGAUAAUAUAGAUGAUUGUAAAAUUUUCCUCGGUUUGCGAUGGGAAUUAUUUCAGAUUCAGGCCAUAUUACCGGUUUAGAAGAAAAUGGUAAUCAAGACAAAAAAAAUGACCAGAAUAGUGAAUGGGAAAGUAUAGAUUCCUCAUUAGACGAUCGGAUAAUGUUGAGAAAGCCAGAAUUGUUUGGCCUGAUCUAGAUCUAAACUGGAUCAUGUCAGUUAUAAACAUCGAAUCUGCAAAAUGUUAUGAGAAAAUCGCUGAAAAUUCCGAAAAACACAUCGUUUGUAGCACGCCAUGAGAUAAUGAACGUAACCGAGCUAGUAACAAUGAAUGUUCUAUAAACUCAAUCCACAUACUUCGGCGUCAG